UGAUUGCUGAAUAUAUACACCCAUUUAAAGAUCAACUUAACGACAUAUAUACUAGCUUCUUUGCUUUAAUUGUGUAUUUCAGAGGAGUUAACGUUGAAAGGGUAUACAGAUAUUUGAAGUUUCUUGUGAGCAACAAACCCUUGGAAAUGAAAAUCUGCGCCAUUCUUCUUGCAGUUGCCGCAAGUUUAGGGGUUGGAUUUGCGGAGGAUUGCCAUGUAGCUCCUAUAUUCCGUCAGGACUGUGGAUGGGUUGGAAUUACUCCAGAGAAAUGUGAAUCACGGGGAUGCUGUUACGAUUCAAGUAUUUCUGGAGGAGCUAAAUGGUGCUUUAAAAAAGCAAAGAGUGAAUGUGAUGUUUUGCCAAAAUACCGUAAAGAAUGUGGAUAUUCCAAUAUAACAAAAGAAAUUUGCGAGGGAAGGGAAUGUUGUUUCAACUCAAACGCACGUGGUAAAAAUGUGAAAUGGUGUUUCCAGAAAUCAGACGGAGAAGAGGUAUUAGGCGAAUGCCAUGUAGCUCCUAUAUACAGAGAGGAAUGUGGAUGGAUCGGGAUAUCAGAAACUGAAUGUGUAAACAAGAGUUGCUGCUAUGAUUCAAGUAUACAAGAGCCGGAUGUCAAGUGGUGCUUCAAAACGGCAAUACGUGAAUGUGAAGUCCUUCCAAACUACAGAAUGGAGUGUGGAUGGGAAGGUAUUACAAAAGAGGCUUGUGAGACCAAAGGAUGUUGUUGGAACUCAAAUACAUCCGGAGGAGCAAAAUGGUGCUUCAAAAAGAAAAGCACAUAAUCCAGUUUAUUUCAACGAAUUAAAAGUCUUCUAUGUUAAUUAAAGUGAAUAUAUGACAA